AUGGUGAAUCGGGAGCUUCGUCAGAUCCCUUCAGAGACUCAACCACCCGAAAUCUGGCAUUCCUUUCCUGCUGCUCUGCCCACCAGAGCCCUGCUGCUCAGUCAUGGGCCCUGCAACUGGUGGGGAUCAUGCUCCACAGCUAAGCAUUAUGCUGAGCAGCUGUUCUUGAAAAAGGAUGACAAUAAAAUAAAGAAACAAGACAUCCCAGCAGUUUGUGAUCUUCAGUGCUGUAAGGAUGUCCCUGUAAGAAAUGGCCUUAUUGGGCAGAAGCCACCCUCUAUCAACCCCGAGAGACUGAAGGAUUUUGGUGAGGAGGAUUACCUGAACGGGGAUGUGAAGACCUGGGAAAUGAAGAUAGUGAGCCGAAAUGAGGAGUUACUUAGGGAUGCCCUUUCCUGCAUCCCUCAGCCAAGCAGUAGGACCAGCCUGGCAAGCUGUAACAGGCUGAUUCGAUUUGAAGACAUUAGUGCAGCAGCCUUCAAAAUCCAGUGUGGUGUUCAGAAAACCCCCUGCAUGUAUUCUAGGCUAUCCAAGUUGUAUGGAAUGGACAUCUACCUGAAGAAGGAGUUCCUGCAGUACACAGGGUCUGUGAAGGAACGAGGUGUGCUUUACCUUCUGAUGUCAUUGCCUCAGGAGCAGCAAAGAAAAGGGGUGAUCGUGGCUUCGGACAGUAACUUUUCCAUGGCUGUUGCUUACCACGCCUCAGAGCUCCGUGUUCCCGUGUUUGUCAUCCUGUCCACCAGCACGGCUCCGGCCAGGGUCAGGAUGUGCCGCGACUACGGUGCCAUGGUCAUCUCCUACGGCACCACUGCCAAGGAUUCCCAGGUGCACGCCCGCAGGCUGGCCCAGGAGAACGGCUACCUCUACCUGGAAGAGGAGGACAGUGCUGUGUACCUGUCAGGCCUGGGAACCGUGGGGCUGGAGAUGUACGAGCAGGUGCCAAAGCUGGACGCGGUGAUUUUCCCUGCAGGAGGCCACUGUGGCUUGCUGGCAGGGUCAGCUGCUGCACUCAAACACCUCAACCCACAUAUUUCUGUAAUUGGAGUUGAAUCUGAAAGUUUCCCAGUAUUGCAACAGUCCUUAAAAGCUGGCCACCCAAAUGAUGACCAAGCCUGCAACAAUCAUCACUUCUAUGGAGAUGUGAGUGGAGUUUGCUUUGGCAGCAAUUCUUUGCAGCUGACUGGGAAGCUUGUGGAUAAAGUUGUUGCUGUGAGGGAGGAGGACAUCCUCAUUUCAAUGCUGAGACUGCUGGAGUACGAGCGAGCCACGGUUGAUGCAGAAGGGGCCAUUGGCCUUGCAGCACUGGUGGCAGGGAAGCUGCCUGAGUUGAAGGGUAAAAGAGUGGCAGUUGUUAUAUGCAGUGGAAACCUGGAACUACAUUUGCUGCAACAGUGCAUAUCUCGUGCCCUGACCCUGGAUAACAGAGUGUGCAGAUUUUCCCUUGUGAUUUCUGACUGCCCAGGAGACAUGUCAAAGCUACUGGAGAUUUUGGCUCGGGAGGAAGCAAGAGUUUUGGAUAUCAAACAAGAACGCACGUUUGUGACAUCUGAGCUCUUCACUGUCAAGGUGAUCUGCACUGUGGAGACCAGAGACAAGAUCCACACAGCCCAGCUGAGGAACGCGCUCCUGGAACGCUACCCCACAGCAGCCUGGACUGAGCGGUGAUGGGCACAGCACGGGGGGCACGAGGGCCUCUGACAAGCACUCUGCAGAGCCCCAGCCUUGAGGCUUUCACAACAAAUAUUGUCUUUCAAAGCUGAACAGUUAGCAAAUAGUUUCAGGAUAUUUAUUUCCUGCUCAAAAUGUAGUAAAUGUCUUUGGGGGGAAAAAAAAAAAGC